UGAAAACCGAAAUGCAUGACAAAUAUGUGGAAAAAUCACUUGUAUAGUGAGCGAAAUUUUUAUUAAAACACCCAAAAAGCUGUUUGUCCGAGCUUUUUGAGUGUUUUAACAAAAAUGACACUCACAAUAUGUCGGCGACCCCAACGUACACAAAACACGCUCAUGCGGCGUUUUAGUCAUCUAUUGUCUGUGGGUUAGUUCUCUGUCUGCAACCAGGUGCUCGGAGGGACACGAGAAAAUCGCCAACAAGGAAUGUUUGUGACGUUACGAUCCUGAUGAAAGAUUUGCUUAAAUAUAAUAUUCUUAGUGUGCUAGUUAACAUGUUAGUGACAGUAAAUAUUUACUGUAAAUUAUUUGUCAACCACAUAUGAACGUGACAAAAAAAAAAUCCAACCGCACUUGAACGCACCGGAGAAAGUGUGUUCCCCUGAAUCUUCCGUCUCUGCAUUGCUGCUGUGACAGAGCAUACCACUAUCUUCCAUACUGUUAUAUAUGUUUUACAGGUCGUCGUCACUACUUUCUCGGCUCUCCUCAUGGUUCGAGGUUCACCUCAGAUAGCUGCCAAAGCCAGCAGACGCCAGCCUAGGAGCUAACACCCACCGCUCUGAGGAAGUACAGAAGUCCGUGUUCCCUUCUGCGGCUCGGCAAAUAGAGCCAUCUCAACAUGGAGAAAAUUAGGGAACACUUUCGCUACCUCCAAGACCCACACCUUGUUGCCCGCUUUCAGCAUAUUUGCGGGAUACACGGCAAUUUUUCAGAAUCCGUUUCUGGCGAUAGGUCGACCUCUGACAGCUGCAGGUUAGCGGAGCAGGCUCACUCUCUCAACAACGGGGCUCUCAAUCAUUACACAGCCGGGGAAACUGGAGAUGAACAUUUGGCCGGUAUGGGAGUUCAGAGGAGGAACACCUGUGUGACCGAGCCUAGAGAACUCGAGCAUGAAAUGGAAGAUUCCCCGAACGGAGCUCCUCUGUCCGGCGGCGGAGAAAGUCUCGCCGCGCGGGGCAGCACCCUCAAACCCCUCCGCAGAAACUCGCUGACGGGCGAAGCGGGGCAAGAGUUUGUCAUCGAGAACCGCUUCUUGUUCUACCUUUUCACCCUCGGGACCGAGCUGGGGAACGAGAUGUUUUACAUCACGUUCUUCCCUUUCAUCAUGUGGAACGUGGACGCUUUUGUGAGCAGACGGUUGAUCAUGGUGUGGGUCUGGGUCAUGUAUGUGGGGCAGUGCACAAAGGAUGUGAUCGGGUGGUCCCGGCCCGCUUCUCCACCUGUGGUCAAAGUGGAGAUGUUUUACAACUCUGAGUAUAGCAUGCCGUCCACCCACGCCAUGUCAGGGACAGCCAUUCCCUUCUCUCUGUUCUUCAUGACCCACGGCCGCUGGGAGUACCCUUACACGUUGGGCUUCAGCUUGGCUCUCUGUUGGUGUCUGUUGGUCUGUUCCAGCCGGAUCUACAUGGGAAUGCAUUCAGUCCUGGACGUCAUCGUUGGGAUCCUGUACAGCAUCCUCAUCCUCUUCUUCUUCCUUCCUGCCUUGGACAUGAUUGACAGCUUCAACCUGACGUGCCGCUAUGCUCCGCUAAUCAUAAUUUCCAUCCCCCUGGCCCUGGCCAUCUUCUCAUUCACCCUGGACACCUGGAGCACUUCACGAGGCGACACUGCUCAAAUCCUCGGAGUGGGUGCUGGCGUGGCCCUGGCGUCCCACAUAAACCAGCUUGUGGGCCUUCUGCCAGACUUGACACCAGAUCAGCUCCCGCUCACUGUGCCCGUCUUGACCGCCGGCCUGGUGUGUGCUGCUAUGCUGCGGUUUGUCCUGGGGGUUAUGGUUCUGGUGGCAAUACGGGCACUCAUGAAAGCCAUCACCAUCCCACUGGUUUGCUGGGUGUUCAGGGUGCCCAGCUUGAACGUGAGGAAGGCCCGUCAGCAUGUAGAGGUAGAACUCCCUUACCGCUACAUUGUUUACGGGAUGAUGGGCUUUAGUGUGCUCUUCCUGGUUCCACUACUUUUCACCUACUUGAAGCUCUCAUGAAUGGAUGUAACUUCAGUGCAUUGUCAGUCUCCAGCCAGGAAAUGGAGAAAAAGCAGCAUUUCAAUACUAUUUUUGCAUCUUCAUAUCAGCCAGACUGUUUUCUCUUCCAGAGGCAGUUAGGACCAAGACUGAUUGAGAUGAAUUAAAGCCUUACCGCUGAUUUGGUUCCUAAUUUUCUUCUGAUUUUUGCUCAUUUUUUUAACUGACUCAAGUUAGCUUGGAGAGGACUGAUAAAUCAGGAGCAGGCUGCUGCUUCUAAAGGAUCCCUAAGUGCUAAGAAGUAUUUUUUUUAUGUGGCGUUGUCUGUUUUGGGUUUAACCUGUGGAAAGAUAAAUAUCCACAAGGUUAAAGCGAUAGUUUAAGACUUUUAAAGUGAAGUUCUGUUGAAAGGUUAUAAGCAGUUAAUAUCUUACAUGCAGUAGAUAGCCACUGAGCAAUAGACCAAUAGACCUUUUAUCAUUGAGGCAACACUUUAUUUAAACAUGAGUCAAAGUUAAGUUUUUACAUAAUGAAUUGUUAUAUUAUGUCUGCACAAAACUUAGUGCUUUUGUAGUCAGUUUAACCCUUCAAAGUGCUUUAACACUACAGUCACAUUCCCCCUGCAGCACUCAAACAUUAAAACACAUGGAUCAGUAGGCAACUUGAGGUGAAGUGCCUUUUCCUAGGGUGCAUGUGGGGGGAGCUAGAAUUAAAUUCACAACCUACAGAGUGCAGGACAACUACUGUUUCUAUCAGCCCACAGCAACUUUUAAAAUAAGAUUAAAAAAUAAAUGGGCAUAAAUCCAAAGUGGUGAAUACUUUGGUAAGGCACUGUAGAUUUCUAGAGAAAAUGUAGACAUUGUUUAAGCAUAUUUUCAAUCAUAAAUGUUAACUUUCUUCAAGACCAAUCUGAAAAUCAUUACAUUGGGGGGUGGUGGUCCUGUGUGAUACAGUUUCUGAGAACAGAUUACGUUAAGCUCUAGAAAGGUAAGGCAGUGCAAAAGUCAAUAACAUAAUGCCCACUUGUCAUAUUUUUGCUUUUUACACUGUUUUAUGUUUGUAUCACACAGUUAAUCAUGUUUCACAUAGGAAGAUCUUAUCCUACAUUUCCAUUACAGUGUGUACAUACUGUAAAUGUAACAAGCUUCUGUGUAAAUAAUUGUUCAAUGCAAACAUGAGGAAAAGGGCGUUGGCAUUAAUCGCUAUGUUACUUUGUUAAUUGGACUAGCAUUUAGCUUUAGCCUGUGGGAGCAGCUAGUCUGGAUUUACUUUAAAUGAAGACAUCAAUAAAAUGAUCUACUGCAGGUAAGAUAAUAGUUGUCUAUUAUCCGAACCACACGUUAAAAAUAUUGAACUGUCCCUUUAAUAUCCCCCUGACUCUGUAAGGCUAAAUAAGGCCUGAAAUUUAUUUUUAUAAACAUGUUGAAAUUUAAAUUUUAGCAUUUCUUUCAAUUAAACAAGGGCACUAAAAAAAAAAAACUUGGGGUGCACCGAUUGCAGUUUUCAGGCCAGUCACCGACUACCAAUCUUUAAAAAGCCUGAUCUGCCGAUUCCAAUUUUGUCUGAUACUGAUUUUCUUCAUAACUGACACUGUCAGGUGUCAUAAGGUCACAACACACCUUCAGUGUUGAACUCUUAUGUUGUCAAAAGUUGUAAACCACGCACGUGCACACGUGACCUGGUGGAGGGGUCUGUCAGUCACCCCUCUCUCACGGCAGAGCAAAGGGGUACAGUGGGUGAUUUUCAGACCUUUGUGAAGGUAGAUAAGAUUGGUGGAUAGCAUUGGUUUCACAUGAAAGUAUCAGCUGAUCACCGAUGACCCAAAAUUAAGAAAAAUGGGGCCGAUUGUUCGGUGCACCCCUUAAAAAAAACCUUGAAAUUAUAAUUAAUAAUAAUAAAUCAAAUUUUAACUCCAAGAUAAAAAUGAACAGGGAUUAAAAAUAAGAGUUCUUAUAAUGGAGAAGCUAAAACUAUUUAGUUAAUCCACUGAAUGUUGAUAUGUGGUUCUUUGUUCCAAAGAGGUUAAAUGACCCAUCUCCUACUCUCUGACUGAGAGAACUAGACCUAACACUGUUAAUUGAUUUGUUUCAAGAUGGUGAUCUUGUGUUUUACUGAAACUGAUAUAUUGAAAGUUUCCUUUAAUUGCACAUGUACGGUGGAAUUCACUGUAAACUAAAGGGCUUUUCCUACUGUUUUUGUCUUUUCAGACAACCUUCUCCAAGUUUUUCACUCUGUGGUAGACUGCAGCAUUUUCUCUGCAGUUAUGUGUAAAUUGUUGCUCCGGGUCAUUUCACCAAUUCUUCCCCCAUUUCAUACCUGUGCAUAACCAUUUUGUCCAUUCCUUCUUGUACUAUGUAAACAAAGUCUUUUACAUUUGCAUAUCAGGUUAUUUCCCUUGUUAGGUCAACAUUUUUAUACAUUAUGGAGACAAUUCAUCAUAAAAAUACACAAAUCCAAUUUAUUAUUUAUUUGUAUGUUUACUACAGAUUUUAUAUUGAACCCAUACAUUAAUUUUAUUGAUUGAGAAACUUUCAUCCACUACCUUUUUUACUGGAUGACAACUUUGAUGAAAAUGAAAUAGAUCUGAUGUAGAAUGAUUACAACUAUUAUUGACCAUUUUGUUAAUGAAUAAAACUAAACAUAUUGGAGGGAAGUCAGAUCUAAUUUUAGUUAUGUGAACACGUGUUCAAAGUUGAACAAAUAGCCAAUGAGACUUUCACACCAGUCCACUUUAAAUGGACCAGAGUUCAUUUCCUCGACAGCAGGUGUAAAAUUGGACCAAACAAACUGGUAUGCCUAAAAACAUGGGUUCACCUGGAAGUAACACUGGUGUGUUUGAUUACAGUAGGAAAGCAAACUGCCCAUGAAACCAAAGGCUGAAAGUGACGACUAACAUUCUUCUGAUUUAUGGAGAUGUGUUCUGAGUACGUCGUAGUCUUUCUCUUGCUGUGUAUUUAUUCUGCACUGCAUCAUUCUUAUUUAUACACAGCAAAAGGCAGAGAGCUUGCUGCCUCGUCUAUGGCAAGCCAUUGUACCAUUUAAUAGUUAGGGAGGCUUUUUCAACCAAAUGUCAAUAAAUCAAUUCUUCCUACUUAAAAAGGUAAUUUCAAUUAUAUCCCUUUUUCUAUUCAUACUGGGUUCAGAGCUACGACUAUUCACAUACACAUUUAUCCUAUCUCCAUCUGACAUUGUGGAUGUCUGAAUUUAAAUUAUUACUAGAAUGAACUCUGAGUUCAGUUAUAUAUAUAGAAUUUCAAUUAGAGAUACGUACAUUUUUUGAUUAAAUGUUAAAACAGCUGUACAUACUCACUAGCUGCCUACAGUGGGCAGCUUCUUGUGAUAGCGCCUCAAAGAAAGCAGCUAUUAUAACUGCAUGAUAUUUUCAAGGUGGUUUGGUCUGCUUACCAUCUUAGAAUAAAAAUUUACCAAGGUGUAAAGAAAUCAUUUUCCUUAAGAGAUGCAAGAAGCUCUAAAAAUGAAUUGCAUUUAAAUUUGAUAUUUUAGAAAUUUGCAGGAUAACUGACGAAUAUGCCCUAAGAUUUAGUUGACUAAAACUAAAAUGGAUACAGCUAACUAAAUUGUGUCUAAAACAAAAUUCUACUUUAAUCAUAAGACAUUGAAACAAAAAUGCACUUUUACAACAGUGACAGGCUAUUUCCAUUCCCCCCAUUAUUAUGAGUGACUUCCAACUGAUUUGUGUAUUUGAGUCAUAUAAUUUCUUUACUGUAGAUCAGAGAAAAUGACUUUAGUUUACAAAAUAGGCUUCAUCCUCUGACACACGGUUCCUUUUAGAAGACAAAAACUGCAAGAGUAUGAAAUGGGGUGAAAUGAGCAGCACCUGUGGAAACACAUUCUGUAAAUUCAGUUUGGAAAGUGUUUCCCUUUGGCACUUAGUCUCUGCCAUUUUGUUUUUGUGUGAACCCUCAUGAACUGCUUAGAUUAUUUGUGAUAAAAUGCUUGUAUUAAAUAGUUGUUCUGCCUUUGUGGGGUAGGAAGACAGGAGAACAAGAAGGCUGCAGAAUUUUGAAUAGAAACUUACAUCAUUUGUACAAAAAUAUGAUAAUGAAUCGUUUGGACUGCAA